UUGAAGAAGUCGGUAAAACUUGGAUAAAAUGGACACGUCGGUACACUUUGUGACUAUAUUUGUGAUUUUGUAACUUUUUUGGCUAGUAUUAGCGACUAAUGUGUUCCGUAAAGCGUGACGUAUUUUUAAAGCACACUUCGGCAGUGAGUCACCAAUGUCUCACGGAGUCUUAACGGUUAAAAAGCGCAGCCCACACUUGUUUCGGAUGGCGGCUUACAGACACUUUUCGGCCCAUUUUAUCCACGGAAAGCCUCCCCGUCCCCCCACGGCGAGUCGUUCCCGUAUUGUAUGAACUGUGUCGGAGGAGGGCAGUGGCGAGAGGUCGCAUGGCCGGGGGCUUCGCCGCCAACAUCACUACCAGCAGCAGUAGAGCCGGCCGGCGGGGCGUCACUAUGAGGAUGCCCCGAGGAGGACGCCUGUUUCUGGCGACGUGCCUCGGCUCACUCGUGGUCCUGGUGCUUUACUACCAGAGUAUCAGCAAGCCCGAAGCCAGUGUUGGGGCAGUCAACAGACCAGGCAAAAGCAGGAGAAGUCCCCUGCAGACCCUCUACAGUGGAGACCAGCAGCUUGAGCUGUUGGCUGAUCAGAGGUCACUCCAAGGUCGCAGGGAGCUGUUGGACCAAGCCUGUCUGAGUCAUACCAAGAAGCGUCGGGUGCUUUCUCCAGAGGAUCUCAAACACCUCAUAGUGGAUGACAAACAUAGUCUGAUUUACUGCUACGUACCCAAGGUCGCCUGCACCAAUUGGAAGCGCGUCCUCAUGGUCCUUACUAGUGACGGCCGCUACACCGACCCCCUGGCCAUUCCCGCCAACGAGGCCCACAUAGCAGGUAACCUGCGCGCACUGUCCGAGUUCUCUGUCCCAGAGAUCAACCGCCGCCUCCGCACCUACCUCAAGUUUGUCUUCGUGAGGGAGCCUUUCGAGCGCCUGGUGUCAGCCUACCGCAACAAGUUCACACGCAGCUACAACACAGCUUUUCACAAACGCUACGGAACUAAGAUCAUCCGGCGCCACCGGAGUAAACCCGACCCAGAAGCCCUGGAGAAAGGGAGCGACGUGUCCUUCCAGGAGUUUGUGCGGUACCUUGUAGACCCCCAGACUCAACGCGAGGAGCCUUUCAAUGAGCACUGGGAGAGGGUGCACUCCCUCUGCCAACCGUGUCUCAUUCACUACGACAUUGUGGGCAAGUACGAGACUCUAGAGCCAGAUGCCCAGGCCGUACUUUCCUUGGCAGGGGUGGAAGACAAGCUUCAGUUCCCCACGUCUGGUAAAAGCACCAGGACUGACGGAAACAUGGCGGCACGCUUCUUUAAGCACAUUAGUCCCUUUUACCAGAAGAAACUCUUCAAUCUCUAUCGUAUGGACUUCUUACUAUUCAACUACUCCACACCGGAGUAUCUUAGAACUUGAUGAUAGCUUAGAUUUAAUCAAUUAGGAUGUUUUAUGAUGUGAGCAAUUGUGAAUUUGCACUUUUUCAUCACCAUGCACUCCUCUUCCCUGCUGGAUGACGAGCCUCCACUGCAGAGAGUUACGUGAUGGUUCGAAACAGAGCCAUAUCACUUUCCAACUAGAGCCAACAUGCCUUCCUCUGCUGACCACCACCACGAGGGAUCAAACAUGAGGAGUUAUUUAUGAGGAGCAGGUUCUCCUCUAUGAAUUUUCUAUGACUAUGAAUUUUGAGCUGGAUUUAAACUCCGGGUCCAAGUACCAAAUUCCCAUGUAAUGAAUUUAUAUUGUGUUUUUUAACCGUUUACCGUGAUUUCCGGUGUAAAAGGCUCUACUUUUUUCUAACUUUGAACCCUGCGGCUUAUACAGCGGUGUGGCUCAUAUGUGGGUCAUGUUCUAAUCUUGUGACAUCUCCUGUAGUUCAGAACUAUUACUACAACCCCUGGCAAAAAAUUAUGGAAUCAGCAGGCUCGGAGGAUGUUCCAUCAGUUUAAUUUUGUAGAAAAAAAGCAGACCACAGACAUUACACAAAACUAAAGUCAUUUGAAAUGGCAACUUUCUGGCAAUAAAAAACAUAACAAAUUAAGAAAAAAAUUGUAGUCAGUAACAGUCACUUUUUUAGACAAAGCAGGGCGAAAAAAUAAUGGAAUCACUCAAUUCUGAAGAAAAAAUUAAGGAAUCACUCUGUAAAUUUUAAUUCACAAAUCUAACUCCUGGAUAAAGAUAAGAUCUACUCGUUAGUCUGCAGUUAAAAAGGAGUGAUCACACCUCGGGAGAGCUGUUUUACCAAGUGGACUGACAUGAAUCAUGGCUCCAACAGGAGAGAUGUCACUUGAAACAAAGGAGAGGAUUAUUCUUAAUUAAUUAAUUUCUUAAAGAAGGUAAAUCAUCAUGCAUGUUGCAAAAGAUAUUGGUUGUUCAGUCAGAUGUGUCUACAAUCUGGACUAAGUACAAACAACAUGGGAAGGUUGUUUAAGGCAAGCAUACUGGUGGACUAAGGAAGGCAUCAAAGCAUCAAGACAGAGAACUUAAAGCGGCAUGUCUUGAAAACAGACAACAUAUCAAGAGGAAACAGAAGUCAAUGUCUGUGACCGAACUGCAAGAAAGCACCUAAAGGAAGUGGGAUUUACAUCCAGAAAAGCUAAACAGAAGCCAUCAUUAACACCUAAACAACGCCUCGGAGUAUUACCAAAAGCUUCAAAAUCAAAACGAGAGUGCCAAGGAGAAAGGACACUUAACCAGAGCCAAAUCCACCUCAGCAGGGGCCUGUGUCUGUAAGUUUUCAUUACUUACUUCUGGCCAGUACAUCGAUCAUCCGCAGUGGACUCCGACUGGGGCACAUGCGCGGACGUCUCGUUUUGUGCCACCAUUUGGCGGUAUCAUCUGCCAUUACGGCAGUGGUACACAAAACCAAAAAUGGUACUGGUCCCACUUUUCCUGAGACGAGUGCCGGUAGUGCGGCUUGUUAGCGUAUUAGAUCAACAACUCGCUUCCUGCUCCAUCGAUGUCUGCCUGCUGGGACAGCCACCGCUGGGCCUUCGGCCUUCCACCACCAGGCCCCACCAACUGCCACUGGGCUGCCUUCAUCGCAGGGUCUUGAAAACUGCCACCACCGUCACCACCAGCGAUGUCUAGUGCUACGAAGCUAGUGCUGCUAACAUUAGCUGGAACAGCCACCACCGUGAUUCGCCAGCUGCUGCUGGGCUCCAGCCCUUACCACUGGGAUCACACCUGCAAUCACCAGGCCAGGUUGCAACUGGCAAGAUUUUGAGAGAAGAUGGCUACCAAAAGGGGCAUAGAGGAACUAAAAUGGUCAAACGAAGAACUGAAGAAAGACUAAAGACGUUGUCUGUAUAGAACACCUAAGUCAAGCAUUGAAAUAUUCGUGGACUGGAUCAAAGCAACCUUCAUCAGCCAAAAAUGGUUACGAAGUAAUCUUCGUAUGUAGAGAUUUCAAUAUUCCAUCCAUUUUGUAUGCCGUUUCUCCUCAUUGGGGUCGCGGGGGUAUGCUGGGACUUCGGACGAGCGGCGGGGUACACCCUUGACUGGUCGCCAGCCAAUCGCAGGGCACUUAUAGACAAACAACCAUUCACACUCACAUUCAUACUUAUGGACAAUUUCGAGUCGCCAAUUACUUAUCGUUCCAGACUGGUAAAUUCACAAACAAAAUGAAAACAGCUAAAACAGUUACAAUUUUUAAAAAUGGAGACAAACAUCAAUUUACAAACUGCCGACCAGUUUCCUUAUUACCACACUUUUCUAAAAGCAUUGACAUUUUAUUCAAGAACAGGUUGGACAAAUUUAUUAAUACAGUCUGAAUGAUAAAUGAUAAGUUACUGAUGUACCUCAGCUGUUCUGCAAUUUCAUUAGUAACUCUUUGUAAUUAAUACAGUAUGAAUGAUAUGCCUAGUGGUUAGCAUGUUGGCCACACAGUCAGGAGAUCGGGAAGAUCGGACAGCCAAUACAAAUUACAAUACAGCCAAUACAGAGGAAAUUACCAACGCUAGCUGCAGCUGCAGCAUUUAUGGAUUUCACAAACGCCUUUGAUACAAUUAAAUCACAAUAUCCUAAUUGCAAAACUAGAAAGGUAUGAACUGGGUUAAAAGCUACUUAGCAGACAGGAGGUAAUAUGUGAAGCUAGAAUAUUCGUAUAGAAUAUACAAGCUGCAAGCUUAAACAUAUCAUGCGGCGUACCCCCAGAGUCAAUACUGGGACCAGAACUGUUUAAUCUAUAUAUAAACUACAUCUGUAAAGUCACGAAAGACUUAAAGCUAGCACCGCCCACACACACACACACACACUGUGGUCGACUGCCUGAUACCAGGAAGCCUCGCUGCAAGACGUCCCCUACCGGGGACCCAGGGCGCAGCGGAGUAGGGGGCCCCGGUGUCCCAGACACACAACCCAGAACCCGAGGCGUGGAGAACGCAGACCACCAGGGAGCAGGAAAACCCCAGGCCACCCUAUCCCAACGGCAGGAUGCUACCAGCAAGGCAGACAGAGGAGCAGGCAAGGAGGAAAGCCAGCAAAUGAGCAAGCGGGUGAGCAGCCGGGCGAACCACCACACAGGGAGAAUAACUAUAAAGGUACACUUCACUCAGUAACUGUGCUACAGAAAGAUCAGUUAGGAUAAUCCAUAAUGCCGCUUCCAGAGAACAUACAAACCCUUUAUUCCUAAAAUCACAAUUAUUAAAAUUUGCUGAUUUGGUAAACUUUCAAACAGCUAAAAUUAUGCAUAAAGCAAACAAUAACCUGCUAUGGAAAAACGUAAAACAAUUCUUCUCAACAAGAGAGGAGAAAUAUGAUCUCAGGGAAAAAUGUAACCUAAAACACUUAUAUGCUCGAACAAGGCUAAAAACUUUCAGCAAUUCUGUAUGUGGAAUCAAGCUGUGGAACGAAUUGAGUAAGGAACUCAAACAAUGCACUAAAAUGAGCGAUUUCAAGAAACAGUACAAGCAGUUGAUGUUUAUAAAUCACAAGGAAGAAGACACCUGAACCACUGUGUACAUACAAUGCUAUGUCUAACCACCAUUACACUGACUACUAACUCUUCAUUUCUGGUGAGUAUAUUGUACUGUAUGUACUCACUCAUUACCAAAGUAUGUUUCUGUCAACUAUUUUAUCAGUUAUGAUCAAUUUAUUACUAUAAUUACAGUAAGUAUAAACCUUGACUGUCAUUGCACUAUAUGGUUAUACUGCCUUAUCACUUUUCUAGGUAUUUACAAAAGGCAAAAAGUACAUUUGGAAUACAGGAGGUGAACACAUGCAUUGCAACUGACAUGAAACUGAUGAGGGGUUGGAUUAAAUAAGCUUUCUUCUUCCUACUCCUUUUUGGACAUGCAAAACUGUGAACUGUGUUAUGUGAUGUGCUCCAGUGGAACUUGUGUGCAUGCUGAAGAUGAAUUAAACCUUUACCAUGAAUAGAAAAAAACAAUGUUACAAUGGGCAAAGCAAUGAAAAGCAAUGGUGGACGGUGGAUGACUGGAUGAAAGUCAUAUUUAGUGAUGAAUCGCAAAUCUGCAUUAGGAAAGGUGAUGAUGCUGGAACUUUUGUUUGGUGCUGUUCCAGUGACAUUUCUGAAGACGACUGCCUGAAGAAAAUAGGCAAAUUUCCACAGUCAUCGAUGGUAUGUGGCUACAUUUCAGGUAAAGGCACUCAUUAAAUCUUCAAUAAAUAGACUUUUACUUUUCUUAUCCCAUCAAUUGAAAGGAUGUUUGGGGAUGAUGAAAUCAUUUUUCAAAAUGAUUAUGCAUCUUGCCAUAGAGCAAAGAACAACACAUGUCUGAGGUCAAUGUCAGGGCCUGCAAAUAGUCCAGAUCUCAAACCAAUUGAAAAUCUGUGGUGGAAGUUGAAGAAAAUGGACCAUGAGAAGGCUCCAACCUGCAAAGCUGAUGUGGCAACAGCAAUCCCAGAAAGAUGGAGCCAGAUUGAUGAGUCCUGUUUGUCACUCAUUUAAGUCCAUGCGUCCAGAAUAAGUCCAGAAUAAAAGCCAGAGGUGGUGCACCAAAGUACUAGUGCUGUGUUGAAGUGUUCUUUUGUUUGUUUGUUUGUUUGUUUUUCAUGAUUACGUUAUUUUUUCCUCAGAAUUGAGUGAUUCCCUAUUUUUUCCCUCUGUUUUGUCUAUAAAAAAGUAACUUUUACUGACUACCAGAUAAUUUUUUCUUAAUUUAUUUUAGUGUUUCUUAAGGCCAGAAUGUUGCCAUUUGAAAUUACUUUGGUUUGUGUCAGGUCUGUGAUCUGCUUUUUUUCUACAAAAUUAAACAACUGAGUGAACAUCCUCCGAGACUGGUGAUUCCAUCAUUUUUGCCAGGGGUUGUAAUCGUUUAAAUAUGUAUUUCGGAAAAAGCUAUUACCAAGACAGUCCAUCAUAACGGAAAAAAAGUUCAGGAAACAACCAAAAAAUGCAGAGAAGCCACCAUUCUCUGCGUUUGCUAACCCUGUCGCUCUCGUUGAGUGGAGCCGAACGCACACACUGCAGUUUACAGUGAGCAACAACAGGCACAAUUUAAACUAAAAUCAAAUGUAAAACAUUGUUGGAUUUGGAUUAUUCAAUAAACACCAUAAAUAUACCGCCAAGAUUGCAAAGCCUGUUAUGUUGAAUGAAAACAAAAAGGGAAAAUAACAUAUAAAAGUGGGGACAUGUUGGAAUUUGUGCAGCAAUCGCGUUGUUGAGACAUACCUGCAUCCGCCGGGGGAUCUACACACUAUGGAUGACUCAAAGGCAGACCAUGGUAUCCCUGGACCCACUGCACCGUGGUUCUUAUUAUGUAAAAAGUAAAAUGAACCCGAAGCUUCGAACCUUGUGUCAGACUUCCUGAAUCACACUGCUUCGAAAUACUGUUUCAGAGCUUAUAUUGGUCUACAAAUAUAACGUGAUCAAUUACGUUGGAAGCGUCAUACGUCAAAGCGCACAUUGACAGUUUGAAAUGGAUUGAUGGCUGUCAUUGCUUCGACAGGUUAUUUUGUCGCUAACUUGUGUAUGUAAUAACCACAAAGCUAUAGCUCAAAGUUCGCUUGUAAUGAGAGUUUUGGCGAGUUUGUUUGUGCGAUUUUUAAUGGCGACCUGUGUUUCACUGCGUUUGGUGACAUAGAUUGCUUUGACCUCACUCUUCCACCGGAUGUCGUUAAUGUAGCUUUUCACUGAAGCACCAAAGGUCCGAAUCUGUUGCGGCACAAUUUGAAAGAAAGCCUCAACGCUUCAUGAGGCUUCACCCGCCCGUCUCUAAAUCAUAUUAAACAAAACAUACAAUGCUGUGUUAUUGGAAUCUAAACAACCGCUGUCAUUAGUAGUACAAACUGUUUAAGUAGCCGUGUACUGUUUUGCACUGUUUAAAAAGCAUUUAUUUGAUUAAACGUUUUUAAAAAAUCAUUCUGUGUAACGUCUUUAUGUGCACUAAAUAUCCCAUUUUAUGAUGUGCACGACUGCGGCUUACAGUAUUGAGUGGGUGCGGCUUAUACACCGGAAAAUACGGUACAUGCAUUUUCAAGUGCUUUAAAUGAAAGUAACUUCAGCAUUACUCCACUGACUGCUGUCUGCAGUUGUUGGUAUUUAAUGGUCUGGUUUUGCUGUAUGGUGUUACCAUGGUUGUGUUGUUUGGGUAGACAUGCGUAUAUUUAGACUACGAGCAUCGACAGAUAUCUGAGCCAUAUCUGAUGUGGCGUUUGACAUUUCAAAGAGGCCUGUUUGUGUUUUUCCUCUGAAGUGUGUCACUUGAACCUUGUUGUGUAAAUCCAGCCUAAGUUAAUGUUUCCAAAGCAGCUCUUAUAUCUGAAAGGCCUUAAGUUAUACAUUUUGUUGGAUGAGGUUUUUUUGUGCAGAAAUGUCUUUCAUUCUUGUUAAUUUGUGGUGAGAAUUGCAGGUUUUCAAUAAAUUUACAACUUUUUGUCCAUUUAGCAUGCACAACAAUCAAAAGAAUAUAUAUAACAGAUGGGUUAUAUAUAAUAUUCAAUCUGUUAAUUCAGUUUAGGAUUCUGUCAAUUGUUUGGAAUCGGUUGUAGAUUAAUAUCUUCUUCAAGCAGGGGCUUUCUAAAAGAAAGUUGUUGGUCAGCAUUCCCGUGCUCAGUGGCAACAAUUGACAUGGAAACAACAGUUCAGAACAUUCAGAGAGAUUCUCAACAAGUAAUAUUUUUAAAAAUGACAAUCGAUUCUCCUUAAUUGCAACAAUUGCAUCACGCAAAAGCUCAUCCCUAAAUCAUUUAAUAAAAACAUUCACUUAGUACAGACACAAACUGUUAUGAGACAAAUUUAGUCGCAGAUAUGAAAAUCUACUAUUUCACUCAUGUUGCACAUUUCCUGUUUUAAAAUGUUAAAGCGGACUUACGCUUCAGCACACAUACAUGAAAUAGCAGUUGUUAGAUAUUUUGCUACAGUACAGGUAUAUGCCGCAAUAGUCAUAUUUUGUCCCACCCCUAUUAUUAAUGGAGUUUGGGUGCUGAUGUUGGGUCGUUUCCACUUCAGCUUCCACUCACUGCCUAACUUCCAGUAAAAGCCUGCAAUCCCACCACCUCUACCACGGCCUGUUCUGCAUUGAGCAGCCUCGCUGAAUAAACAAGUGCAUGACUGUGGUGGGAGCUCAAGUGAAGCCCGGUCGGGUCAGAGCUUCCCUUGUUGGCUUCCACCACAUGGAGCGACUGAAUACACCUUUAGCAACAGCACCGCCGCAUAGCAAUGUAGCCAUGGAAUGCAAAUAUAUCGGUCUUUACACAGAUGCUAGUAAGGCUUUCUGGUUUGGUAUAGCUUUUUUUCAACACAAUUACAAUGGUCUUCAUUUGCAAAGUAAAGUUGUGUACUUUAUUCUACAGUUUAUGACAAUGUCUCCUAAAAGAAAUGUGUCGUUUUAUAUCAUUUCCAGGUGUCACAAUGAUCGCUGCAGAUCUACGUUAAAAUCUGCAGGUGAACUACAAGUAGAACUUUAAAGUGCAAACCUUGAUAUAUAUAUUUUUUUUCCAUAACAGCAAUGUAUUUUUUUUUUCAAUCAUUCUCACCGACAUAUCAGGUUUCGCUUGAGAUGUGGGUGCCAAAUUACUUUCAGCACACUGUUAUGUUUUUUUGUAAUUAAAAUAUAACAACAAAACAAAAGCACACAAAUACAAAUGUGGCAAACAUCACAUUUCGAUUGAACACGUUUUCUUUCUGUGUUUUCAUUUUGCAGGCAUAGAGGUUGAGGUGACUGUAUGAUCUGUAAAUAAGGCAUUUGGAAACCCUGCGUACAUGUGUAAUACAUGUGAGCAUGUUGCCAUGGUUUCCCACUACACAAUUACAGACGCAAAAACAAUACUAUAUUUCCUCAUAGAGUGGCCUGGAGAUUUAAUUGGAUCAACAGCAGAGAGCGCUGUAUGGGGGGGCAUUGUCUAACUUUUCUCCCCCAUACAGUGCUCCUGGUUGCAAUAGUUUUUAUUCAUAUUUUGAACACUAAGGCUGAGGAUGUAAGAAAGGGAAGGGAGACGCUUUGUGAAAAACAUUCUUUAUGAUAAAGUGCAUUUUUUAUACUACUGAAAUUAUGACUUAACCUUUCCGAGCCAAACUUUCAAUGUACAUCCAGGCCUCGAUGCGUCAUUCGCUGAUCUGACCUUUUAUUGUCAAAAACUACAAAUUAAAACCAAUGUUGUAAUAUAACAUGAACCAAUGUAAUCUAAUUAAAACAAUGUAUGUUUCUAAUAAUCAUGGUUUAAUUAUGCCAAUGUAUACAGUUAAUGAUUGUUUAUACAGUGCAGCUGGCAGAAAAGUGAUUUAUUGUUGAAUUAAAAUUCUGCCAACCAAAAAUAUUUCCAAUUUGCACAAUUUUAUGUUGUUUUUUUUCCCAUCUGGACCUUACUUGCUGGAUUUAGUCUUAUUGUUUGACAAAUGAAUGUAAUGAAUGUACACGAUAUCUAAUAAGAGAUCUCAUUAAUAAUUCAUUUUAUUUUUAAGAAUAUGCCAAAAGCCAAUAAAAAUACAAGCUGUGAGUUGAAAAUGCCCACACUGUGGACACCCUUGGGUUAAAUGAUGGAGUUUGAUAUCAAGCUGCAACGGCCAAAGUGCUGCCAACAGUGGGGUCACAGUGCUCUCUG